AGAACCUAAUAAUAAUUCAGCCUGUAGGGACUUUCAUGCCAUUUUGAUCAGUUCAGUUUUUGCCGGUUUGCAACAAAUGUAGUUGCAGCACCCGUCUCAGUGACUGAGGACUGAGAUUUCUAGCUUUGGUAAUGUAGAGUGGGAAGCUCACAAAGAGUCUCAACAAGUCUUGUAGUUUCAUGAGAUGUAAGAAAUCAUUUCAGUCUGUAGAGCUUGAGCAAUAAUCUCCACUAUGGGUCAGCGCCUGAGUGAGGAAGGGGACCCCGACAAGGAAAUUGACGCGGCCGAGCUGCAGGAGUGGUAUAAGAAGUUUGUGGUGGAGUGUCCGAGCGGGACUCUCUUCAGGCACGAGUUCAAGAGCUUCUUUGGCGUCACUGAGAACAAGGAGGCCGCAGAUUACAUUGAAAACAUGUUCCGAGCCUUUGACAAGAACGGAGACAACACCAUUGAUUUCCUGGAGUAUGUUGCAGCCUUGAACUUAGUCCUGAGGGGUAAACUGGAACAUAAGCUGAAAUGGACGUUCAAGAUGUACGAUAAAGAUGGAAGUGGAUGCAUUGACAAAACAGAGCUUCUGGAAAUUGUGGAGUCCAUCUAUCGAUUGAAGAAAGCCUGCCACGGACAGCUGAGUGAGGAAUGCAAUCUGCUGAGCCCAGAUCAAGUGGUCGACCGCAUAUUUGAGCUGGUUGAUGAAAAUGGAGAUGGGGAGCUCUCGCUGGAUGAGUUCAUCGACGGGGCACGGAGGGACAAGUGGGUGAUGAAGAUGCUGCAGAUGGACGUGAACCCCGGGGACUGGAUUAACGAGCGGAGACGCAGUGCGAACUUCUGAGGCUGCAGCUUGGACUGUUUAUCUGUCACACACACAUCCUACAGUGUGACUUACUUUGGAUCUGCUGCAGUUUCAAAUGAAUGAAAAAGACAACAACACAGCAGUCCUCCUGGUUUUGUAAUGUAUAUGAUUGAGCUGUAGCGCCGCAACAAUGCUGUAUCUUUCCUUUAACAGGGUUUGAUCUGCAUAUUCAUCUUGGUUCAGGUUUCACAUUCAGUAAAGAUACAACUAAGCAGUAGUUUCAAAUUCAUUAAUCGAUGGUGUAGGUGCUGCCGUCAUAAGUUACACACUGUAUUUUCCUUCAGUUUUCUGUCAUAAGCUCAAUAAAUAUUCUGAAAGCCCUGA